AGGAAUCAAGUGUGCUCGUGAUGACUCAAAGAGAAGGCUGCACUGCAUUUUGAGAACUGAACUCAGAACGAUUCUCUUUGGCAAUUUGUGGACCAUUGUUCCUGCUCCCACUGUUAUCGACUUGUUUUUCCUGCCGUCAAGGCUUUUAACGAUCUAAAAUGGCUUCAAGGAAAAAGGUACUCCUGAAAGUGAUCAUUCUUGGCAAUUCUGGAGUUGGUAAGACAUCCCUUAUGAACCAGUAUGUCAACAAGAAGUUCUCUAACCAGUACAAGGCCACCAUUGGAGCUGAUUUUCUCACCAAAGAAGUUAUGGUUGGUGACAGAGUGGUGACAAUGCAAAUUUGGGACACUGCUGGUCAAGAAAGGUUUCAAUCGCUGGGUGUUGCCUUCUAUCGAGGAGCAGAUUGCUGUGUGUUAGUUUUCGAUGUAACUGCACCCAACACAUUUAAAGCUUUGGAUAGCUGGCGAGACGAGUUCCUUAUCCAAGCGUCUCCAAGAGACCCAGAGAACUUCCCAUUUGUUGUGCUUGGCAACAAGUGUGACAUGGAGAGCAGAGUGGUAUCCACCAAGAGGGCUCAGCAGUGGUGCUUUAGCAAGAACAACAUUCCCUACUUUGAGACUAGUGCGAAGGAGGCGUUGAAUGUGGAACAAGCAUUCCAGACCAUUGCCAAGAAUGCAUUGGAGCAAGAAUCUGAAGUUGAGCUGUAUCCUGAGUUCCCUGACCCGAUUAAGUUGAAUUCCGAGAACCGUGGGUCAAGGCAGGAUGGCUGUGGCUGUUAACAUUCUAGAAUGGCUGCAAAAUUGGUUCAUGACAUUUAAUCUGCCUGCAGGUCAGAUGAAGAGCUCUACAGAGAAACCUAAAUCAUUAAGGCAUUGUCCUCAAGUGAGAUGUGUGCGUACAUUUUACUGAAGCACAGUUGUGGAAGAAUUAGACGGUGACCAGGGAAGAGAUAUUUUGUACACAUCAUGUUCCUUUUUUUUCUCUUCUUUUUUUUUUUCAAUCAAUAACUUUAGUAUGUUUAUGGAAAUUAACUCUCUGCCGUAGUGCUUUAUGCACAGUGAUAUUUUUGAUUUGUAAUAUGCAGUCACUGGUGUGGAAUUCAGGCCAUGUCACUCUAUUUUUCCUCCUUCGGUUUCAUGAACUUUUAGUAAUUCUUCCUGUUAUAAAUGGCUUAAUUUACAAUAUAAACCAAAGUGUUUUUCUUUUGAAAUAAUUUUUCCUUAACUUUUUAAACUUUAUUUUGAUGUUUUUGUCACUCUUUCAAUACAUUGCAGCUUUUCACAAAUUUUUAGGUAAAUUGAAGUUUAUCUUUUCCUUUUAUGAACAAUCUGAACAUCUUUUAUAUUUUAUCAGAUAUGAAUUCCAGUCCAUUUGCUACAAGUUCUUAUCAUGAACAUAUUUGUAAAUAUCCCUUUCAAAUUGUUUUGUGAGGCCAUGUAUUAUAUGAGGAAGACCUGCAAGCUAGUAUGCCUCUGCAGUGCUGUGAUGUCUUCUGAAUAUCCUACUGGAUAGGUGGUUAUCCACAAUGCAAUAUAACAAUGCCUGUAGGUUUAUUGUUCUGAGAUUGUUUUUAUUUGUUAAUAUGUGAUACUUGGAGAUAAUUUCUGGUAAUAAGUUUUGUUUCCCCUAGUUGAAUACCUGUACUUUACCUCAAUCAAAUUUAUGGAGGUAAGAACUUUCACUUUUAAUACUUUUUAUUUACUUCUCAUUGUGUGGGCAAAAAAACCAAAGGGGCUUCAGCAUAUUUUCCAGCCAUCCCUUUUACUUUACAGUAAAAAAAAAAAACAAGGAAUGAAUCCUUGAUUGUAAGUUAAGUUUAAUUUGCUAUUGUGAAAUUCUCUUGAUUUCUAAUGAAUGUGUUUAUUUUGCUUUGGUGAUAAACAAGAAAAUGCAGAGAACACUUCCCCAGAUUUUGUCAGUAACCUUUUUUUUUCUUCUUCAUAUUAUUUGUGUAAAGAAUUUCAGUGGGACUGGAGACUACUCACUGCAUGUCGAUUAACAUUUUCUUUGUAAUUUUCACAUAUGCUGGGUUGUCAAGACUAUUUCAUACUUCUGUUGCUCUGAGUAAGAUUCAGUUGUUUUUCUUCUGGAGACUUAAUUAUUCCUAGGUUUUGAUCUGUUCAAAUAUGUUUGGUGAAAUUUGUCUCCCAUCAAGAGAUCAGUGAUCAUCUCUUGCCUAAUUGCACCUAAAAUUAUGGAAUUUCUUAAAACCUGCAUGACCUGUUGGUGUUUGUUAAGUCUUGCUUAUUAGUUUUCUCUUUAAAUUUCUGUAAUGUUGGUGUUAUGUACAGUUAGAGGUCUAUAAACCAUGUAUAAUUCGUAUGGUUGUUUGAUUUGUUAUAAGAUGCUGUAGCAUAUGUCUAACGCUCUUUGAGAGGUGAGCAAUUGGCUUGAAAAGGUUGGUGUGUGCAUGUUUGAUUUUAAUCUGUUCUAUGCUACACCAUGUUAAUGUUCUCAAAUUUGCUCUGAUGUUCCGUUUGGCCCUUCUCUCCAUAUUUUAUGUUUCUAGUGAUAUUUAUAUUAUGGUGAAGUGACUGCUCUUGUGUAUCCCAACCUUGCAUUAUAUCUAAUCCAAAUCUUAGACAUGCAGUAUACAUAAAGCAUGCUUCUCUUAAAUUUUGAAUGACAGCUUCAAAUAUUGACAUUUGAAUUUGGCUUCUUAUUGUAAGAGAAUUGAAUAAUAGGUACAUUUGUAAAAUAAG